GCAGGCACGACAUGACAAGCCACUUCAGGGCGCGGAAGAAGAAGUUUUCGAGGCGCUUUGAAGGCAACAAAGGUUAUCACCGCCACCACCAUCACAGUCAUCCCUCAGCAAGGUCUCACCUUAGGCAGCUAAUCUGAUUUACCGUCCGUUUUCUUGAGACAUUUUGAUAAACAUUUCUGCUUAACAUCUCGGGACGUCUGGUGCCAUGAAGGGAAUCAGGGUUUUUGUGGUUUUCUUGGUGCUUUCCGCGUCUCUGUUGUGCACAACCGAAGCGGGCAGGAGCAGAACCAGCAACCAGAACAGCUUCCGACGGGCAGCUAACGGUAUCUACCAGACUCUGAGCAGUGUUUUCGGGGAGGAUAACAUUAGAGGGUUAUACAAGUUUUUCUCCAAAACAACGGAGCGGUUUGUCCAUGGAGUGGACUCUUUUCUCGAUACCAUCUGGAAGAUAUGGUCCGAUUUGCUAGAUGUUAUGGGCAUCGACUCCUCAAACCUCAGCCACUACUUCAGCACCACAUCCCUCACCAACUCUCCGGCACGCGCCCUGCUCCUGGUUGCCGCUGUACUCGUGGCCUACUGGUUCCUCUCCAUGUUCCUUGGGGGUUUCUUUUACCUGUUGCACGCUGUGUUCGGUCGCUUCUUCUGGCUAGCACGCAUGACGCUCUUCGCCCUGUCUUGCCUCUACAUCCUGCAGAAGUUUGAGGGUGACCCUGAGCGAGCUGUGCUGCCGCUGUGCUUCAUCAUGGCCGUGUACUUCAUGACGGGGCCUGUGGGAGCGUACUGGCGUCGGGGAGGCGGGGCAGGUUCACUGGAAGAGAAAAUCGACCACCUGGACACUCAGAUCAGGUUGCUUAACAUCAGGCUGAGCCGUGUCAUAGACGGCCUGGAACGCCCCGGGGAGCAGUAGGUGGCAGCAAGGAUGUGGGGGAGGGAGGGGAUAAUGUAGAAACAGCUGCAGCUGAUGUCAGAAUGCUGUUUUCCUGUACACAUCUUCAGCAACAUGACUACUGGGUAUUUACAACUCUAUUGUCAGAUGGGGGACAAAACUAGAUUUGAAAACAGUAUUUUAACUUCUUGAGUUGAUUUUAGUUGCAGAAUACCUAAAAAUCCACAGCGGUGUGGACAGUUGACUGGGAGUUUACGCAAAUCAACCAAACAACAGUUUUUCUUUAAUUGUUUUUGCUACAUCUGGGCGGAAGUCAUCAGAGAGAUGUCCAUGGUUUUCUAAAUGCUGGCCUAAUUCUACACCUCAGCUACUUUUGAGAAACUCCCACGUUAGGGCUUGAAUUUCUGGUGUUUGGAUAAGUGUUGUCAAAGCUUGUGCUAAUUGAAUAAGCAUUUUAUGCAUCUUUGUUUGUUUCUAUCCUUGUGAAUAACCUGGGGAUUACGAUUCUUGCACAGGUUUGUCCGCAAAAAUGUUUUCCCCUUUUUUGAAACUAUUGAAGGGAAAGGGGUUAGGUGUAUGACGCAGGGGGCCGAUACAAACAUGUUAUUUCUAAUAUGUAAAAAUCCUCAAGAUGUUGGAUAGUUCAUAGUAAGAUUUAUUUAUUCACUUUUCCAUCCAAAAUGUUUAAAUCACGUAGAUGCAGUUUGUUUCACCGUUCCAUAGUGGCAAUAGUUUGACAUCCGGACCACGUUUUCAUCAUUUGUGUGUAUAGAUGUGAGCAAAUGCAUCUGGGUGACUUACUGGAAGGUGUGCAAAUGCAUAAGUGUGUGUGUGUGUGUGUGUGUGUGUGUGUGUGUUUCAAGCUUGUGAAAUGGAAAAGCACUGUGUCAAAAAGUCACCAUCAGACUAGAAGAAAAUGCAAAGGCAGCAAUAUCUCAGGGACUCAACCAACACAUAGAUUUGGAAAAGAGAUAUCAAGUAUAUUAAAAUCAUGUCUUGGUCUCUUUGAGUCACUUCACAGUUUUUCAGAUAUGGUUUGAAAUCUGUCUCAGUACUUUACAAUACAUACUGAUAAAUGGGUGUGCAGUUUGUCUUUUUGCAUCAUGUUGAAAUUGCAGUGUUUAGAUUUUUUGUUUAAUACUAGCAUGGCAGCUAGUGGUUCUAAAGUUAAAUUUGGUAGUGUUCUUCAAUAGUAGGUCUUUAACUACUGAAAAUGUUUGAUUAAUCAAUCAGUUGUUUGGUCUGUAAAAUGUCAGAAAGUGAUGAAAAAUGUCAGUGUAUCCCAAAGCCCAAGAUGAUGCCCUCAAAUGUCUUGUUUUGUCCACAGCCUAAAGAUAUUCAGUUUUCUUUUUUUAAGAUAUUCACUUUACUGUCAUAGACAAGUGAAGAAACUCAAACCACUUGAAAUUGUUGGCGAUAAAUGUAAUAGUUGACAACUAAUCGAUUACUUGUUGCACCUCUAACAAAUAGCAUUUUAACAUUUUUUAAAUGUGUGAACUCACAAGCAUAUUAUCCACAAAUGUGUAGAACAGUCGUUUUGAGUCACGUCACUCUGGCGAAGGGGGAUAAAUUUCUCAAACUGGUUACAGAUUAAAUUAGGUCUAGUGCCUUUGAUUCUGUGGCAAAAAUACAAGCUUGUACUGUACAACCUCAUGUGACCCUGCAUCAGAAAAGUCAGGCUUCAAGCCGUUGUAUAUUAUUCUAAAUUGUUUCAUGUUAGUGUGUAAUAAGAGCUCUUACCAGUAACUUAAUGAGAUUUACAACCAGCCUGAUUGAUACAGCGUAACAUUGUUAAAACUGUGUGUUGUAUACAUGCUUAGUGUGCACCUCUGGAGCCAACUCUAGUUAGUUUGAAAGGCCUCUUUAUGUUUUAUUAUUUCUGCCUUUUGGAUUUUAUAUUUCUCUUCAUGUACUGUUGUUAACAGACUGGGACUUUCCCCUGCCAUGCUCCUCUAUGUUUAACACACAUCUUCAUCUAGUCAUAUUCCCCUUGGCGCAGCUUUUUGUCAGUUCAAUUAAAUCUGGACUGUGUAAACACGUUUUUAUAUAAAUGGUCCUAAUGCUGUGCAAACUUUGGGGAGAAAUUGUUGCUUUCAGUGUCUCAGGAGAAAGAUUGAAUAAAUAAGGACACAAACGAGUAAUGCUGUAGGAUCUUACAGCUCUUACAUUACUGAGGCCAAAGAACCAACUAGUAUUUACACCCCUGACACUCAGAUCAAGAAUCUCCUCAGCAACUAUUAGUAUGUGUGAGAUGCUUUGGGAUGCAUUUUUUACCCCACUCCCAAUGUUUCUCAGUGUAGCAAGGGUGCAGUGUUAAUAUUCUUUGAGAAGGAAGGUGUUGCAUCACCGCAAUACCAGGUACAGACACAUGGACUCUGGCUAUUUCUCAGCACAUGCAGAUAAUCCCCAUUACAUACAGUGGUUGGAUUUCAGAUAUUCUUAUUAGGCCUUGCUUACCAUCUUCAUCUUGCAAUUAAGGCUUGGUGCAGCAAAAUACAACGUUUGCAUUAAGGUUAACUUAAUGUAUAUCAAUGGUUUGAAAAUCAAACGCACCCAGAUCGUUCCUGCACUUGCCCUCCAAACCCCCCGCUGGCCCACAUAGCCAAAUUAUUGCAUGCUAUGUUUUUAUGUCUGUAAUGUUAUGUUGUUGACUUGCUAGAUAGAGAACCAUUCCAAAAUUUGAUGUGAUGAAUUAGCCAGAGGUUUUGAUUUGUAUUAUUUUACAUAUAUAUAUUGUAUUAUGAGUCUUAUUUUUCUGUACCAUUACAGCCAACAUUUGCACUGAUGACUGUGCUGUAUUGACCAAAUGAUCACGUACGAGGGCUGUUUCACAUUACUAAAGUUGACACAACCCCUUUGAAUUGUUUCUCUCAUACCAUCAUCACAGCUGUUCUGUUUCUGUGACCUCUGACAUGAAGUUUUCAUUCAUUCGCAGAGGUGAAGCCGACUUGAUCCUGGUGUCUUGUAGUGUGUGGUUACAGUCUGUAGCCAAUGACUUGUGUAUGUUUUACUAAUGACAGCAUGUGUGAUUUUUUUUAUUUUUUAUUUUAUUUUAUUUUUUGAAGGUGUUAUCUGAAUAGUAAUCAUAUGUUGUUGAAGGAAGGUUUUACAGUCUAGCAAUCUUAGAUGCAUGUCACAGAAGUGUGAUACUGUAUUACAGUGGCUUCUGGACUCCAAAAAGAUUCAGGAUUUUAAGGGGUGCUUGUCAGAUAUUUUUUAGAAACUGUUGGAGAAAAAAAGAACGAGGAGUGAAAUUAUUUCUCUUCAAAAUCACACUGUUUUUAUUAAUUAUUUCUAUCAAAAAGUGCUGAGAUAAAGUAUACAAGUUCUCUUCCAUGAUAUGAGUUGCUGCUAGCUGUAGGCUCAUACCACGCUGAAAGAUGCCUGUGCAACUUUGCUGGUAUCUCUCAGAUCUGGAUUGAAUGCUAUAUUCAGAUUAUAUUUAUUCUGUUCUUACACUGCCUGUUGAAUGGCUAGUAAUUCCAUUCAUUUAAUGUACUGUAUUCUACUUAUUCCUAUUAUUCCAUGUAGCCUGCUUUCUCUAACAUACCAAUGUCUUUCUUUGCCAGUCUGCAAUUGUUUGCAUCUUGAAUUUUGAAAUAGAUGUAGACUUCUUAUUUUGUCAAUUAAUACUUUUAGACUUUUUUUUAAUUUUUUUUUUAAAUCAGAUUAUUUCUGUACAUCACUGGUGUGGCAAGCCACAAGCUUUUCUGCCUGCUGUUUCCUACUCUGUUUGUGUGUCUUUAUCAAACCCUGUUGAUGGCUUAAUGGUUCUUAUUUGUGUCAAAAGUGAAAAUGAGGUCCAGGUUUGAUUAAAUUAAACACCAGUCUGACAAA